CUUGACCACCGACCACCACCUGCUGUGAGUGCCCUCGCGCACCAGAUUCCUUUGCGUCCCGUUGCAAGCAAGCUGUGUGAGACACAGUCAGAGAACUAGCUUGCUCCAUUCUUCGAACAAGGCGACCCCUACUGCCGUCUACCCGCAUACCGCCUUGUCGCGGCAUACAGGCCAACGCCUCUGAGGAUCGACCCACCAUCGCUCUCGCGCGCAUCAGUCAAGGACCCCGGUUUCUGGUUUACUAUUCCCUCCAUGUCUCUGUUUCCACUGCCUCAGAGUCAGGGAUAUGGCGCGGCGGCUUACCAGCCUCCGGGCUUUGCGCAGCCUCCGAUGUAUGCGCCCCCCGCAUUCAGCUAUGCUCCUCCCGCGCAGCCUAUGUUCCACGUCGAUCCAACUAGCUUUCGACGUGAUUAUAGCACGCGUUUGGCUGAGCUAACCGUCAAUUCCAGACCCAUUAUCCAGACCCUCUCCAUGAUCGCUCAGGAUUAUACUCGGUUCGCGGACAUCGUCGUGCAGUGUAUCGAGAGCCAUAUUCGCAGGGUGCCGCAGUGGAUGAAGCUUCCCGCCUUCUAUCUUCUUGACGCGAUCUCCAAGAAUGUGUACAACCCGUACGCCAACUCUUUCGCGCCUCUGGUUGUCAGACUCUUCCUCGACACAUAUGAGCAAGUUGACCAGAGCACUCGCAGCAAGAUGGAGGAGAUGCUGUUGACCUGGAGGACAGGCUCCCCGAAUGGAAGAGAACUCUUUGGCGUCGUUCCACAGCUUGCCAUCGAGCGUCAGAUCUGGGGCGGCGAGUCAACGCAGAGUGCUUCUUCGAGUCGCAUCGGCGCGUCACCAUCUGUAUCCGCUGCCCAGGUCCUAAGUGAACUUGAAUUCGUGCUAAAUCAGAAGGAGCGUGCAUUGCAGGUCAACCCGUACGACAAGGCCAGUCAAAGUCACGUCGCUGUUUUACAGCAGUUACGCAAACUCGUGCAAGCUGGUGUUUCGCAAGCAGAGCUCUCCCAAAUCCUUAAUCAAUUACAUACGCUUGCGCAACCUGCGCCCGCGCCCGCUCCCACCCCAAUUCCUCCGCCGCCAGUAGCGGCUCGUCCAUCAUAUUCCGCGCAGCAGUCUUCCUAUCCGCCCCCUCCGCCAGGUGUCCUUGCUUCUAUGUCGCCGCCGCCGUACAGAUCUCAGUCUGCCUACCCACCGCCUCCCCCUCCGCCCUCGUACGGUGUUCCUAAGUCAGAGCCGAUCGAUCUGUCGAGCUUCUUGUCCGCUGUCCAACCGCCACCUGCGUCUAUGUCGUCUUCACAUACAGCACCGCCACCGCCACCGGCUGCUGCGCCUACGAACAACAUUUCAGACCUCUUCAACGCGUUGGUCAAGGCAGGUGUCGUCUCAACGAAUGGAACACCGACCGGGGCUGGUGCGACUGCCAAGGCGGAGGAGUUGUCGAAACCUUUCGAUCUCGUAAAGGACGCUGCAAGACACUACAGGAAAACGAUACUCAAGCAUAAAAUUAAGUUGACCUCUGCGGACAUUACAAAGCAACGUUCACACAUCGUCGAGCUUAUGUAUGACCGCCUGCCUGUACAAUGCAAGCAAUGUGGCGUUCGUUUCCCCGACGGCCCAGCGGCAAAGAAAACGAUGGAUGAUCAUCUGGACAUGCACUUCAGGCAGAAUCGAAAGGCGGGUCAGGCAGUUAGCCGCGGUCACAGUCGUAGUUGGUUCGUUUCGGUUGAGGACUGGAUACACGAUGGCUAUAUUGAUGUCAAAGGCAAGGGUCGUGCGGAUGGCCGUAAGAUUAGUUCGAGUGCUGCAGCAGCCGCAGAAGCGGCGAAGCGUGAGGCUGAGCUACGAGCCCUCUAUGUCGUUGUGCCGCCUGGUGACGAGGCAAAACCAAUAUCAUGUCCCAUUUGUAAGGAGCCGUUGAAGUCGGAGUUCCUGGAGGAUGACGAGGAGUGGGUGUGGCGGAACGCAGUGAGACGCGAUGAUAAGAUAUACCACGCGACUUGUCAUGCCGAGGCCAUGGCUUCUAAGAGUACCUUGGCGGUGCGUCUGCGGAACGAGAUGGCAGGGAGCCGUAGCCGUUCCAUUACACCUGAGAAGUUGCGGACGCCUCCGAAGGUCGUUGUUGAUGGUGUAUCUCGCAAGUCGGAGUCACCGUCUCCGACGUCACCCGUGGGGAUGAAGCGUAAGGCCGAGGACGACGAUGCGCUUGCAGGCAGGGGAGACGCGCCUCCGGCGAAGAAGUUUGCUGUCGCCGCAUGAGGUUUGUAGAAGGGCAUCUGGACAUACUGCAUCUGUAAUCCUUAUUUUCUGAUUAUUCACCACACGACCUGCAUUGUAGCAUUACACGCACUAGCACUAGAAUGACAUUCAGGUUGAAAGGCG